AAGAUAUUGAGUUAUUUACUUAGAGCACACUUGGGAAUUCUCACAUAAUGCAUUUUUUCUUUCUUUUUUUAGUGGUACAUUCAUUUUCCAGAAAUCUUAGAUUCGACUAUAAAAAAAUUGAUAGUAAUUCUAAAUCAAUCCCAAAAAUCAAUUUAUAAGGGGAGACUUUCCCAAAACUAUAUAAGGAGAUCAUCGUUCUCGUGUUCAUCAAAUAUAAAUAAAUCUUGAGCGCCCUAACCUAAAAACUAACUUAAGAAAGAAUGAUUAUAUUACCGAAGAUAAUAUAAUUAAAGAGAUCACCAUUUCCAUUUUCAUCAGACAAAAAUAAAUCUCAGACAUAACUCAACCUCAAAAACUAGCGGAAGAAAAAAUAAUUACACCCAAAUCCAUAUAAUGAGAUCACCAACCCCUUUUCCAAUCAAAGUAAAACUCUUCACCAUAUAAUUAAUUAAUUAACUCAUUCAAGUUAAACUCAUAAGAUAAAUCCAAGUUUUAGAACCCUCUAGUUUUUCAUUUCCAAUGUUUCCCAAAUAAAACAAGCUAUUCACACUAGGAGAGAGAGAGAGAUAGUGAAAACUAAAAACAAAAAAAAAAACAAAAAACAAAAGCCGUUGGGAGUGUGUGUGAUUAUUGUGAGAUAGAAGUGAAGAAGAAGUACUUAGCUUGCUUUGCUUUGCUAGCUAGCAAAUGAGAAACGUAUGGAAAUUUUUGGACUCUUUAUAGUAGUAUUGUUGAUAAUAAAAUUGAAAAAAAAAAGAAGAAGAAGCAAUGCAAUGCAUGCAUGGUGCCAUGUAUAUUCACAUUUGUAACGUAUGCCACGUCCUUCUUAUUGUCCUUUCUCUUCACUUCCUCCAUAAAAAUCAACUCUUUCUUCACCUCUUCAUCACAUCUUCUUCUUCCUCUAAUAAAUCAAUUUGCUUGUCUAUCUUUAUGGAUUACUCUCCACCACUAUCGUCACCAGACUCAACACCACCACCAUCACCACCUCACUACAUUGAAGAGCCUAAGACUUUGAAUGAACAACAACUCAAUGAAUUUAGGGAGAAGGCUAUGCAUAUCAUCAGAACUCAUACUCAUGAAGAAGCUACAAAGAUUUUUUUGAAGGGUCUUAUCCCUGUGAAUGGUGUGGAUCCAAGAGCACUAGUUCCCAUAGUACCCAAAGAAAAGAAGGUCCCUCCAACUGGUGACAAGGUAAAAAAUGGAGAUUUCUCAGGUGACAAUAAUAAUGUCAAAAAAUGAAAGUUAUUAGACUCCUUGAAAUAAAAGUUGUGGUUUGCAUCUUUGUAUUUUAAUUUUGUGUUGUUUUGUUUUGAACAAGUAGUAGUACUUUAUGAGACUUUGUGGUUUUAUUUCAAUGUAAUGUUAUAAUGAUGCACCCUCUUUUAUUGUAUGAUCUUGUUUUUAGUAAUGUGCAAGUACUAUUAUCUUUGGAAUCUAUAUUUUAUUGCUUUGA